AUGUCGACUUCUAUGGAAAACAAAUCUAUAGAAAUUCGUCGUAUUAAUGAUGAUAAUGGACAAUAUAUUUUUGAAUUCAGGAAAUUAUUACAAGGAGAUAAUUUAUUGAAACAUCUAAAAUGCGACGAUGCUUAUUUGUAUCGAUUUUUAGCUGCAGUUGAUUACGAUAUUACAAAUGCUUUCCAACGGAUCAAAAAUUUUUACGAAUUAUUGUCAGAAAAUCCUAAAUGGUUUUCAAUGGGAGGUUUAAUCGAUAAAAGACGGUUAAUACAAAAAGACAUAAGCAUCAUAUUAAAUAAACAUGAUAAAGAAGGAAGGCCCAUUUAUUUACUGAAAUUAGAUAAAAUCAACCCUUUCACUAUGGACUUUGUCAAGGACUUGGUAAUUUUGCAAGAUCUUUGUUGUGAAGGAAUAUUUAUUAAUAAUAUGGAUAUAUCGAUGAAAGGACUUUGUAUAAUAGUAGAUGUUGCCAACAUUCCUCUUAAUGUUAUAAAGUGGGCAACGCCGCACAUUAUUAAAACUUCUAUUAAAAGAAUUUAUUCUAUGCCAAUAAAAGACUUUCGGUAUCACAUUGUUAAUACCACGACUUUCCUCAAUAUAAUAAUGCAAUUAGUAUGGCCGUUUUUGCCACAGCAUAUCAAAGAACAGAUAAAAUUCCAUUUAUUUGAUUACAAAUCAUUACAUCAACAUAUAGAUAAGGAUUCCCUCCCCAAAGAAUACGGUGGUACUCAAAAAAUUAACACUACUGAACUUCGACGUACCUUAUUAGAUUGUGAAAAUAAAAUAGCUCAUAAUUUUCAAGUUAACAGAAGGUUAUUUUUAGACGCCAUUACAAACUAG